CUAUAAACUGUAGUAGAAAAACACAACAACUUUAAAGAAACCCCUUAAAACUGCAGAACGUGACAAAUGCAGUGGUUAUAAAUGUGUGUCAUCAGUCUGUGCUUCAGUUCAGGAUCACUUUUAUAUUUAUAUUUCUCUACGGUGGCUCAUAAGUUUCUAUUCCGACAAAAGUUUGAAAACGAAACUGAACUGGAAGUGUCGUAAUUGUGUGGAGAACUUCACUCUAACAAACCCUCCUGGUCGUCUUCCUCUCAGCGGUAAAGACGGUAGAAUCGGGGCUGAUGUUAAGAAUCAACAGCUGGUUUUCGUCGAGUAUGAGGGGCCUGUCCUGCCGGAUGCGAGGCCUCACUAAUUAUCAUCUGUCCUGUUGUGUGAACACUUUACUGCAGACUUUCUCUGCUACUUGGGAACUAGCAGACCUAUUAGAUAAGUGGGAAGCAGCUGGUGUGAGAGCAGAUGGUCGUAAUGUCCCUCUGCAGCUAAAGCGAGUCCUUGGAGCCAUGCAGAGCAAUCACCAUCUGCCAUCACCUCAUCAUGACUUCCUACACUGUCUGGACAGAAACAAUGUUCGACUUCACACUCAACAUGAUGCUGAUGAGGUCUUCCUGUUCAUUCUGAACUGUAUCCAGCAGCAGAUGGAUGACAAGUCUCUGGCUUUUCAGAUCUGCAGUUUGUACAAGAUUUCAGUGGAGACCCAUCUACAGUGUUUAGAAUGCUCCUCUGUCCAAACUGAGACCAGCUACCUGCUCAACAUGCCUCUGCAUAUCAAGGACUCCCACAAUUCUCUGGAAGGAUGCAUGAAAUCCUUCUUUGAGCAUCAUGAGCUCAAAGGCAGAAAUUGUUGCUUUUGUGCACAAUGUGGGAGGAAGACUCCAUCUAAACAGGGUGUCAAGCUGCUCUCUCUGCCUCCUGUCUUGUGUAUGCACCUGAAGCGGUUUAGAAAUAGUCAUGGAUUCACACAGAAACUUAACUGUCAGGUGACAUUUCCAGAAACCCUUGACCUUUCAGAGACGGUUAAAGAAGCUUUCUCCACAAAUUUUGUCCAGAAUGGCUGCACUUACACCCUGUAUGCAGUUGUAGUGCAUUCAGGUACUGCGAUGAUGGGACACUAUACCGCCUUUGUCCGUCCCAGAGGAACCCAGUGCUGGUACCAUGCUGAUGACAGCCAUGUAGUGGAGGUUUCCUGGAAAGAAGUGCAGACAGUGUAUGGAGGACGAGGUUUGGGACAGACGGCAUACAUGUUAAUGUACAGAAGAGACGAGCAACCAGAGGGAGAACAAGCAUCCUCCAGCUGAGUGGAUGAAUAAGGAUA